CUCUGAACCGGAAACACACUGUGUGCGCCCGCGCUAGUCACGUGGGUAUUUUUACCCCAGAAGAGAUUCGUGUUAUGAGAUUAUCGGUCGUUUUUCAGCAAAAUAAUGUGUGAAAGCACAUUGAGGACUCUCCUGUUUUAGCCCCCCAGUCCUGUGCAGUAUCAACUGAGCCUGUACUGUAUGUAUUGACCUAAGUCUAAUAAUUUAAAAUUAGCCUUUGUUUGUGGAAAAGUAUGUCAGGAAUUUCGCUUAAUUUGACUAUAAACCCUAGUGGAAACGACAAAUCAGGUAACGUUAAAUCCAACAGAAAUGAGAAACAUGAACGUUUCCUUAAAAAGAAACAGUACCUGAUGCGGAAGGGUUUAUUAAAAGACAAACAAAACAAAAGGAAAAAUCGGAGAAGAAGUAAAAAGCAGAACCACACACAGAUCAACGGAGAGGAGCAAUCGAAAGCAGGUGCUAUUUUUCCCAAAUUUAACACCACCGUGCCUCAUACCAGUACGUCAUUCGUUUCAACACAGACGUUUUGUCAGAAAUCCUCAACUUCAGUUUCAUCCACUGCCUGCACAUCUCAGGGAAAACCAACAAAGAAAAUGGUGCCCCCCACUUCUGGACCUCUAAAAUAUGUAGCAAUGGACUGUGAGAUGGUAGGAACAGGACCAAAGGGGUCCAUUGGUGAGCUUGGCCGCUGUAGUAUUGUCUCUUACAAUGGUGAUGUCAUUUAUGAUAAAUUCGUUCAGCCUACCAAACCUGUCACUGAUUAUCGCACACGCUGGAGUGGAAUCAGGAGGCAGGAUCUCCGCUAUGCCACACCCUUUCAUCAGGCGCAGAAAGAGAUUAUAAAGAUAAUAACAGGGAAAGUGGUUGUGGGCCAUGCCAUCCACAAUGACUACAAGGCCUUAAGAUAUUUCCAUCCUGCUUGCCAAACGCGAGAUACCACCAAGAUUCCACUUCUAAACCAGAAAGCUGGAUUUCCUGAGCACGAACCUGCAUCUCUAAAGAGGCUUACUAAGGCUCUCUUCAACAAGGAUAUACAAACUGGGCGGAGAGGCCACUCAUCAGUAGAAGACGCCAAAGCCACCAUGGAGCUGUACAAAGUAGUGGAGGUUGAGUGGGAAAGAAAACUGGCCUCUGAAGCCAUUAGCUAAAAAUGGAGUAAUGGUGUAGAUUUGAAUCAGAAAACAAUAUUGCUAUAAUCUGAAGCAUUUCAUAUGCAACCAAUCUUGUUAUUGUCAUGUUUUAUUAACAUUUUCAUAAAUGAGACUUUCUUACUUUUAAUAACUUUUAGAACAGCGAUAGUUGGCGUUAAAAAAACCACUAGGGGGCUCCUCAGUUUCUGUACCACAGAAGUGAUUUUUUUUUAAAAACUCAUUUUAUCUUUCGACUGUUGCCUCUUUGCAACAGUUGUUAACUUGCAAAAAUGUGGACAUGAUGCCUACUGUACACGCACAUCUCUUUCUCUUCCAUUCAGAAACUGAGAUGAAACUCAAAAUCUUUUCAGUAAGUGGCAAGUAAAAAGCCCUUGGAGCUCCUCUGUCUGCCUGGCUUUCUUUUUACGUCUGACAAACAGGAUGAGUCAGCAUUUUUCUUCUGUGAAUUCAACACCACCACAUGAAUUACAGCCCCUACUGUAUUUAACUGUCCAAAUGAACAGACCUACUGCUAUUCCUAAGAUUAUAGUCAAAGCUCUUUUUCAUCCAAACGCACUCAAUCAUCAGUCAGUCUGUGUUUAGGAAUCCAGUUGCACCACUUCGGUGAUUUUUGGGAGGCAGUCAAAUCUUCCUUCCACUAGUUUCCCAGAAGUUUUAACCUUAAUGACCUUACUUUGGUAAUAAAAGCUUCUUUAUGGUGAAAAUCCAUAACAAUGCAAACCUGAAAUAAUUAGUUUUUUAAAAGAUUUACUGUAUCAGCGAGCUCAAUCUGAGCAUUUAUACAUCUUUAUCCGAAAGCAACUUGUGGUGCUUUUAGUAUAUACACCUUAACAGCUCCUGCAUUACCUGGGACGUCUUUGCAGUUUGGGUAUUGCUAGUGCCAUAUGCUUAACUGUUUGAACAGCAGCAUUGUGUGAUGAAUACCAGUAGGUAUGCCAACAAGCAGCACAGACUCAUCCAGUAACAUUUUAUUCAUUGUUGGUGUGAAUCCAUCUUUACACCUUAGAUUUUUGCAUUUGGCAUAUGCUUUUACCAAAGCGACUUACGGUGCAUUACAAGUUCUUAGGUAUUUUUUAAAAAUGCUAUUUCCCGGGUUCGAUCCCAUGUCCUUUUGUGGUGCUAACACAAUGGUCUAAAACUGAGCUAUAGGAUCUUUAAAUAUGUGGUUUUCACUGUGCAGUGCAUAUAUGUAGCUUUGUCUUUUUUGUGGGUAAGGACUUUGCAGAAAGAGAGGAAUAGAAAAUAUUUAGUGCAGGGGUCUGCAACCUUCACAAUGGAUAAAACGAUCUCAAUGGCUACUUUUUUGAUUUAGUCUAUUCAAAAGCUUUUUGUUUUACCGGUUGAUUUUAUUUUAUUUUACUUGUUGAUAUUUUUUAUUAUUGUUUAAUAUUAAUAUUAACAUACCUUAAAGAUGCCAAGCUUAUAUAAAAAAUAUGUAAUAAAUGAAUAGUACAAUCAGUCAAGAUUGUUUUUUUUCUUAGAUCUAUAGCAAAACUUUUUUGAUGAAAAUGUAAUGUUCGAUAACCCACCAAUCCCAUUAGUCCAUGUUCAACAUUAAUAAAAAAUUAAUUGAUUGAAUAUAGUAUUGAAAUAUAGUGACAACAACCCAGUAUUACAGUGUAUAGCCUAAAUAGAAACAGACAAGAAUUUAUCAUGGUAUUUGGUUUAUAUGUCUCAGCUCUGGUAAAUCCAGUAGAUGUUGACUGGAGUCAUUUAAAACUAAUGAAAUUUGAGUUAAUAUAGUACGUUGUACAGAGACGAAAGUCGGGUGACUUCAUACUUUCCUGGUUGUGGCUUGGAUGUGCAUGAUAGUAAUGUCUGUGAAACGUAUCAAGUUUGAAAAUUCUAAAUGGUUGGCAGGCAAAAGUGAUCUUGUGGUAAAGUGAAAGUUACUCUUGCUCUUUAUUAAAGGAAUAUCAUAAUGUAAAAUCUAAUAAAUAAUAGCUUCAUCAAAAAAAAAAAAAACUGAACACAAAUGCUCUUUGAUUCCUAUAAUGAGGAUCUACAUGCUCAGUUUAUGCUAAAUUUGGACAUUUCUCAAUUUUUAAACUUUUUUGAGACUACUGAUUUGCUGUGUCAGACCUGUGUGUUAAAGAGUGCAGUGUUCCCACCUUCAAUACAAAUUUUGGAUGUCUCCUUUGACUGAUCAUUUGGAUCAAAUAUAUGUAUGUGGUUAUCUGAAAUGUGUGUUAGUGUGUCUCCAGGAACAGGGUUAGGAACCACUGGAAAAGUGUUUAGUAUUUGUAUUUCAAAACAAUAACUCUAAGUGAACCUGGCCAUAGUCUAAUUCUGCUUGGACUACAGUAAGUGUUUAAAGAAUUUUUUUUUUUUUUCAGAUUUGUGAGGCUGAGUAUUUGGUCUGCUGUGUGAUGUGUUAUUUUAGGAUUCUUUGCUGUACAAAGCCAUAUUUGUCCUUCUUUCUUCAGGUUCCCUGACAAAUCCUUAUUUAAUAAAAGCUUUUAGACACUU